AUGAGUAUGGAAGACCUUUCAGAGUUAUCGCGAAACAAAAGCCCCGGAUGUGUUCCCCGUUUGUCCCGUCCUCUUGGGCCCCUCGAGACCAUGUACCACCUCUAUCACCAGCGAGGAAUGGACCUUAUAGUCCAGCUCAUGUCUCUCAGGACGUGCGCGCCAGUGACUCAACUCAAUGUCAGACAAGCGCUUGUAUUUCUGAUGAAGAAGCAUCCUAUUUUGCGUAUGUGUAUUCGAAGAAACAAGUGUAGAGACAGUGUUUGUUACAAUUUCCUAGAAAUGGGUAAGUGUACGAUGGAUCUACGGGUGACGAAGAAUACCAACCACGAGGAAAUCCUCGCCAACGCCCUGCGUUUAUCAUUUGAUUACGAAAAUGGACCUCUUUGGAGAAUCAUUUUUGUUGAUCCAGAUAUUAAAGCAAGCACAAACGUAGAAACCCCUCCUUUAAACCACAGUUUGGUGUUCGCCUUUAGCUGCCAUCAUGCCAUUGCUGAUGGGAUUUAUCUACAGAAGAUAUACACAGAUUUUAUAGAACUUAUUCACCUUAUUCAGAAUGGGCGUUUCAGUGCAUUAUCGGCAAUGAAGAAGUCACUGUUUUUGCCACCGAUAGAAAAUAUUCUACCUGUAAUAUUUCCUGACGACAGAGUCGAACGACGUCCUCGACAAAGAAAAAAUAGCGGUAUAUUCAUGCAAACAGGUGGCGAUGCUAAUGCGCAAACGACACGCUCGUGCACAGGAAAGUCUAUUCAAGCACUUGAUGCCUAUAACAACAGCUGCCACUCUGAAAUUUCAAAUCUUGUUAACACACAUAAACAAUCCACUGGCAACAUCAGAUUCAAAUUUACAGAGGGGCAUUCCAGGAAAUUUUUACUGAGCAACAAGGAGAAUCACGUGACUGUGACGUCAUCUUGUAUCAUCGCGGCCUGUAUGUCCUUAGCCCGGUUGCUGGAGCCAACCCUCCCUGUUGACAUUGAUCGCCUGGUAGUUCCUGUUGAAAUCAUGGUCAACCUCAGGCGCUACGUUACAGAUCAAACAAUGUUCGAGGACUAUCCCGGAUGUGCUGCAAUUCAUAUUCCUUUAACUAUUUCCGUUCCUCUGCGACGUGCGCACAAACAGUCUGCAAUGAACUUCUGGAAUCUUUCCGAGCAAUGCGCAGACAAAAUUUCUGAUAUCGUGUCAACCGGGAAACCUAUCGAAAUAAUGAAGGAGGAAGCAGAGAAUGAAUUAAGGGAACAGCCAGUAAGAGGGAAAUCCCCUUUUGUGAUAUGCCUUACAAACCUCUCCAGGGUUGACGAUAUGGUAAAACCGGAACUGAAAAAAAACUUCAGACUGGUUUCGUUUCCAAGUCUGACGAGGAUAGCAGUGGACGAUAUGCCGAUAUUUUUCAUAAAUAUUUUCACCCUUAAUAAGGAACUGAACGUGAACAUUGGCUAUUGUGCCAACUACACUUCCAGACAGACAGCAGCGCGGUAUGCUUGGUUCUAUAGUGACGUCAUAUGUCAACACAGCAAACUUUAA